CAAAUGGAUGCUUUGAACUGAAAGAAGGAAAUAAAUAAACCGUUGAAAACCCCUAGAGAAGCCUUCCAUAGUUCGGAAAAAGUUGUGAAAAAGUUGAUGCAGCCUCUACAGAAGACACAUGUCUAUAGUGAAGAUAAUCUAAUUGAGUAUCUGACCCAAAAUUUGAACUUGAUAGCUGAGAUUGAUAGUGAGUUAAGAGAUUUAGUUGAGAUGUCAAACUAUCCUAAUUUCAAACAAAAAUGUGCUGAAUUCUCGAAAUUAUGAGAGGAUAUUAAAGAGAUUAUCAAUCUUUCAUUUGAUAAUUUGGACCACUUUAGUUCAUUCAAUAGGCUGGAUGAUCUUAAGGAGCAAAGAGAUCGAGCUGAAGUUAUCAUUUGAAGCCUUACAACGUACUGAGAGUCUCUUCGCCAUAAUACCGAUGAACCAAAUAAGCUAGGCCAUAAGCCUGAAUUUAAUGAAGAUGAAAUGCUGAUGUCUGAGCAUGUAAAUAUUGAUCAUGCUGAGCUUGAAAAAGCAAAAGAACAAGGAGCGUUCGAAGAUCUGUCAAUAGACUCAGAAGAAUUAAAGGAGUCAGCCGACGGUAAAGAUACAGACUCACUCCCAUCUAAAGCUCAGAUAACUUUAAAUCAGCUCAUAAUGAAGAGAAUUGAGAACAUGAAGAUACUAGUCAAACAAAGAACCCCUCUCAAAGGUCCUUUGCAUAAGCAAAGAGUAAAAGAUAUUAGAAAAGGAAAAUUUAAGAUCUGUAUUCCCGCAGUUGCUCUAGCCUUCAAGUACAUAACCGAACUGUUCAAGAUAAUCAAGCGAACCAUGAAAGAAGCCAUCGAGGAACAAAAGGAGAGGUCAUUCAAAUGGUUCAUAAUCUACGCCUCCAAAUUCUCUCAGAUUUCUGAAUUACUUUUCGCAUCUUUGUACGCUAAAGAUGAUAUGCUUUAUAAAGAUUUUUCAGACGAAAACUGGGAGAAAUUCUUCAGUGUUUAUGAUUUAUACGAGCCAAGAGAUAUUACUGAGUUCAAUCAUCAGUACCGGAAUCUUUGUAAUUUCCAAGCUCUGAGUGCUGCUUUCAUAUCUAAAGCAGGUAACCAUAGUAACGCCUUUUGAGAAUUUUUGGGGCAAGCAAAAUAUGCUGCAUAUUACCUGUUCUUUAAGAGAGAAAUGAGGGAGCAGUUCAACAUGUUCAUGAGCAAUCCUGAUAUUGAUCUAUGCCUGAAGAUAUACAAUAUGCCUGAGACAGCCUUCAUGCAGGCUAUGCUCUCAGUGACUUAUCCAAAGAUACAGGUGAACGAGGUGGUGUAUUUACCAAUGCUUGAACAGACUCUCACUUUGGUGAACUUGAAAGAAACUGCUGAAAACUACCAAGAUUACAUGAGGAAGAUACAAGACCUUCCUGACCAAGAAACCUCAUAUGAACAAAACAAAGAGGGAGAAGAGAAGAAGACCAUCACUAAAAAUUUGAUGGAUAUCAAACAUCCUGCUUCUGCCUCCAUAGGAGAUUUCCAACAUAAUUCUGCAGAAGAAUUUGAUGAAAAUGAACAGAGUCAAUUCUUGACUGAUCCAAGUUCUUACAACCCUGAGAAGAAUGUGAUGGUCAGGGUGCUCUCUCCAUUCGAACUCCCAGUCGACUGGGAGACUAGGAAGGUUGAUCAGACUAUGAUCGAUCAUAUAAAUAAAAAUGAAGGACGACAUUCAUUUUUCUCAAAAAUUAAAAAUACUAUGAAGAAAUGAAUAACAAAUGUUUGAUGCUGUUGUUUAUGAAAAUGAGGAACUUCAUCUGGUCGUCAUGAAAAAGACGGAUCUAAGACAAAAGAAGAAGCUAAGACUCCAGCAAAAGAAUAUAUCGAUGUAGAGGCUAUUAUGGUUCACAUUCAUGGUGGAGGAUUUGUAUCAAUGAGUAGUUCUUCUCAUCAGGGGUAUACGAGAAAGUAUGCAAACGAGUUAGGAAUCCCUGUAUUUUCAAUAGAUUACAGACUUGCUCCUGAGGAUCCAUACCCAGCUGCUUUGAAUGAUGUCUGGCAAGUCUACUAUUGGUUAGCAACUAACUGUACAACUCAAUUCGGAAUCAAGCCUGCUAAAAUAAUUGUCACAGGCGAUUCAGCAGGCGGAAACUUAGCUUGUGCUUUAACAAUGUUGUGCAUCGAGAAGCAUUUUAGAGUUCCAGACUUUCUUCUUCCUGCGUAUCCAGUAUUGAACUUAUCUUUGUUGAACUUCUCUCCAAGUAUGAUUCUGUCACUUGAUGACUAUAUUUUACCUACAGGUUUUCUAAUGGUUUUUAUUGAAGCUUAUGUUAAAGAUGCCGAUGCUGAAAAUGAUCACUUUCUGUCACCAGGAAUCUGCCCUCAAAAUGUGUUAGAGAAGUUCCCACCGACAAGAAUAAUGACAGCAGGAAAUGAUCCACUUAGAGAUGAGCAGUACAGAUUUGUUCCCAAACUGGUUGAAGCGGGUGUUGAUGUCAGGUGCAAAGAAUACCUCUACUUUCCUCAUGGAUUAUUGAGUUAUAACCUUCCAGUUGUAGGGAUUAAAGAGUGUCAAGUUUGAAUAGAUCAAGCUAUUAGCUACUUUGAAGAAAGUAUUGACAGAGACCCUCCAGAAUACAAACCCGUGCAAAACUUUAGAACUCUAACUAAAGGUAGGUCUGCCUGUUAGAGGAAGAUCUCAUAAGAAGAGAAGGCUAAUACAGAGAUGUUGACAAAAUUAAAGCUCAAUAAGAUGCCUU